AUGGAUGACCAGGGCUCUUGCCAGGCGCCGUCCGGCAAGGAGUAUAUAUCUUUCGGCCUCAGUCCCAAGGUCAUUACCUUCGUCGUCGCUCCCCUCAUCGCCAUCAUACCCGCCUUUGUCCUGUUCGGCAUUCCCGCUCUCUGGCAGACCCUCGGUUCCCUUUUUGGCACAUACGUACGAAGAAAGACUGAAGGUCGACGAGCUCGCAUACUGGAGGUAAUUGAGGGAGACGAGAAGCAAUAUUGGGAGAAACAGGAGGACAAGACUUCGGAUACUACAUCAAGUAAAGGUGAGGAGGAUGGCAGCUGGGAGAAGAUCCAGGUCGAGUCCACUGCGAGUGCCCCUGAUGGUAACAAGCUUGCAGAAGACUGGUCUGGUAUCGUGGGAUUCUUCCACCCCUUCUGCAAUGCCGGAGGCGGCGGCGAGAGAGUGCUCUGGGCUGCGAUUCGCGCCAUUCAGUUGAAGUGGCCCAAGGCCAGGAUCGUUGUAUACACCGGGGAUCACGAGGUUAACAAGGACCAAAUCCUCACUAGAGUCAAGAGCCGCUUCAACAUCCACUUGCAGCCACACACGAUCCAAUUUCUCUAUCUCUCCACCCGUCACUGGGUCCUGGCGUCCACAUGGCCGAGAUUUACCCUUCUCUUCCAGUCCCUGGGCUCCAUCGUUCUCGCCUGGGAUGCCUUCUCUCUCGUUGUCCCCGACAUAUUUGUUGACACCAUGGGAUACGCUUUUGCACUGGGCUUUUGCAAGUGGCUGUUUCCAACCAUACCGACCGGCGCCUACGUCCACUACCCAACAAUUUCAACCGACAUGCUUGACUCCCUUGAUCCGAACUCCCCACUUGGCUCACAAGGUGUCAAUGCUGGUCAAGGGGUGGGCUUCAAGGGCAAAGUGAAGCGGUACUAUUGGAAGGGUUUCGCGUGGCUGUACUCCAAAAUGGGCACAACCAUCGACGUGGUUAUGACCAACUCGACCUGGACGCAGGCACAUGUCACCUCGCUCUGGGGCCCUGCUCGCCGCGAGGCGGAGAAGACCGAUCCCAUCGCCGUUGUUUACCCACCCUGUGCAGUCGAGGAGCUCGAGGACGCCGUGGAGGUGUCUGCCGCUAGCGAGGCACAGCGCGGCAAGAUCCUGCUCUACAUCGCGCAGUUCCGUCCGGAGAAGAACCACCAGUUGAUCGUACAGGCCUUCGCAAACUUUGUUAAGAGCAAGAGCGAGGCCUCCAAGGAGGCAAAGCUCGUCUUGGUGGGCAGCGUUCGUGACGACCACGACUCGAAGCGCGUCUAUAAACUGCGCCUCUUCGUCCGUGAACUACACAUCGAGGACCAGGUUGAGUUCCGCCUGGACGCGCCCUGGCCUAACAUCCUCGAAUGGCUGCAAAAGGCGAGCGUUGGCGUCAAUGGCAUGUGGAACGAGCACUUCGGCAUUGGGGUGGUUGAGUAUCAGGCCAGUGGCCUGAUCGCGGUCGUGCACAACUCGGGUGGUCCCAAGUUGGACAUAGUCACAGAGGUCGAUGGACAACCAACUGGCUUCCACGCUUCCACUGCUGAAGAGUUCGCCGAGGGCUUCGAGAAGGCUCUGUCUCUUCCCGACCCGCUAGCUGUUCGUCUGCGCGCCCGCCAGUCUGCGAAACGUUUUGGCGAGGUCGAGUUCGACCGCAAGUGGAUCGAGCAGAUGGACAAGCUGGUGGCGCUGACCAAGUAGUGAACCAGGGUCAGGAAGGCGAGCGAGCGGCUCAUCAACUGCAGCAACUUAUUUUGCUGUAGCGAAUAUAUUGGAGACGAGAAGCGCAAUGACUAUAAGUCUUGCAUUUUUUUGCAUCUCACGUCGAAGCGAAGAAGGCAGAAGAGGGAUCGAACUCAUAGACUUGCAUUGAACACUCAGAUACCCCAAAUUUUCUUUUCUUUCUCU